GAAGGAACCCUUGGAAGAUGGUGGCCAUGAAGACCUGCUCUCUGCUGCUGGUGUUGCUGUUCCUGGCACUGGGGCAUGGGGAGAAGGAAGAGGGUCACCCCAGAUCCCACCCUAAGGGCAGCGGCCCCCGGCCUCGAGGCCCGAGGUACGCCGAGGGCACAUUCAUCAGCGACUACAGCAUCGCCAUGGACAAGAUCCGCCAACAAGACUUUGUGAACUGGCUGCUCGCCCAGAAGGGGAGGAAGAGCGACUGGAGACACAACCUCACCCAGAGGGAGGCCCGGGCCCUCCAGCUGGCCGGUCAGUCCCAGAGGAGUGAUGAGGAGGCCGCCGAGCGCUCGCCACCCAAGAACCCUGGCGACCAAGAUCUGCUGAGGGGUUUGCUGAUGCAGGAGCUGCUGGCCUGGGUGCUGGAUCAGACAGAGCUCUGCAGGCGCAGGUGGGAGGAUGUGGUGCUGCCCAGUGGUUUGUAAACUUGAACUUCGGGGUCAGACAUGGAUCCUGAUGUUUGCCCCCAGCGCAUGUGGCCAAGCCCUGCUAACGGUUUGUUGUGAGGCUUAAAUAAAGA